AAAUUCACCUCAAUUCCUUAAUUUUCAACAUUAUUUCUGACGACGAUUUUCGAUCUGAAAUUGAGGAAACCCUAGAGAGAGAAUCCAACCGAAUUGACCCAACGUUUCCAGUUCUCAAAAUUAAGAAAUGGCAACAGGUGGAGCUGCACCCCAGAGAGGAACAGCAGCAGCAGCUGCAGCUAAUCUUCGCCGGAGAAGGACAGCUGGCGGCGGAGCUGCUGGCGGAGCGAGUGGGACCAUGCUCCAGUUUUACACAGACGAUGCACCGGGACUCAAGAUCUCUCCGAACGUUGUUCUUGUAAUGAGCAUUGGCUUCAUUGCUUUUGUUGCCAUUCUUCAUGUGAUGGGCAAGCUGUACUUUGUCCGUAAAGAGUAGAAGAUGGUCCUGUGUUGGCUUAAUCGUUGGCUUAAUCCUAAAUCUUGCUUGGAUUACGGCAGUAAUAGAUAUUAUAAUACUUUAGGUUGCUUUUCCCGGAAGGAUUUUGUUUUUGUUUUUUUUUUUUUCGUUUUUUUUUUUUUCGUUUUAAUUUGCAACAGUUGUGUUUUUUGGGUUAACUUUGGGAUCAAUGAAAAGGGAAACUUGCUUAUCGACAA